UAAGAACUAAGAGAAGAAAUAAAAACCUCAUAAAUUAAACGUUAAGAAUACAAAGUUUGUGUGUAUGCUAGUGUGAUUGAUAAUCGAAACUGAAAUCUGUUAAGAAAAGAAUCUAAAAGAAAGCUUUAAAAAUGGAAGUCCAUAAAUACCUUCUACUUACUACAAUAACAACAAUAUUCUUCUAUAUUUAUAUAAGAUUCUUAAGAAAAGUGAAGAAAUUAUCCAUUCCUGGUCCUUUAAGUCUCCCAUUUUUUGGAACAAAGUGGCAGUCUAUAGAGAUGUCAAAGCUACAUGAAUAUUAUGAUGGAUUGAACAAAAAUUAUGGAGAUGUUGUGAUGGAAUUAAAUGGCAAUUUUCCAAUUGUGUCAAUUUUCAAUCGUCAAGACAUUGACAAAGUACUAAGUAGUCCAUCACAGUUUCCAUUUCGUCCACCAAAUGAGAUUCAAACAUUUUAUCGGAUGCAAAAUAAAAAUCGAUAUUCAUCGACUGGAAUUGCAAAUGAACAAGGCCCGGAAUGGUUAAAAUUAAGGACAAAGUUGUCAUUAAAGACUCUUGAAAAUCGUAAAUUUCACGACCAAUUUUGCAAUGAUUUAAAUGAUAUUUGUUCAGACUUUAAUGAUGUCAUCAGGACAGUACGGAAUGAGAAUAAUGAAAUCAAAAACUUUCAUGAAAACUUGAGGUUAAUGUCAUUCGAAACAAAUUGCUUUUUUGUGCUUGGAAAGCGUGGCUAUGGAAGUAUUGAAGGGAGUGAAAAAAUCGCAAAACUUACAGAUGCAAAUGUGAAGAUUAUGGAAGCAAUUCGUGAUACUUAUUAUGGUACGCAAUUUUGGAAGUAUUUCCCAACGAAGGCGUAUAAAACUUUUGCUGAAAGCGAGGAGCUGAUUUAUGAUGUAAUUAGUGAAAUAAUAGAGAAGAUUUUAAUUGAAGAUAAGGAGAAAGCAAGCGACACAGAAAUUACAAGCAUUCUAGAGAAAGUUGUAAAUGCGGAAGGGCUUGAUAUGAAGGAUAAAAUUUGUGGAAUCAUUGAUUUCCUCGCAGGCAGUACAGAAGCUAAAACGGCUACAAUAAUGUUCCUUCUCUAUCAUCUUUCCGAACAUCCUGAGGUACAAAAUGAAAUUUUCAAAGAAGCAUCGCUCCUCAAUGAAUUUUUAACUGCUGACGAUUUAAAGAAAGCUCAUUAUACACGUGCUGUACUUUAUGAAACUUUCCGAUUGACACCGACAGCACCAGCACUUGCAAGAAUAUUGGAAAAUGAUUUUGAAUUAUCUGGACAUCAUGUAAAGAGCGGGACUUUUGUUUUAUGCCAAACUAUGGUUGCAUGCCUUAAAGAAGAAAAUUUUAUUGACUCAAAUUCCUUCAAACCGAAAAGAUGGCUUAAUGCCAAUGGAGAAUUUGAUAGUUCAAAUCUACCUGAAUCAUCACUAGUUUUACCUUUUGGAACUGGUAAACGUGCAUGUCCUGGCAGAAAAUUUGCAGAAGUUGAAUUGGUUGCAAUUGUUAUCAAACUUGUUAGAGCUUUCAAAAUUAAAUAUGAAAGCAGAUUUGAUAAAGUUUUCAAAUUCAUUAUGACGCCAGAGUUUCCUGUCGAUAUGAAGUUUGAAGACCGAUGAAUAAACUUUAUUCAUGACAAUAUUUUAAAGCAUUUGUGAAAAAAGUUUUCAAAUAGUUACACUGAAGAAGUACAAUUUUUUACGA